CCACCCAUGACCAUCUUCAUCCACCCAUGACCAUCUUCAUCCGCCCAUGACCAUCUUCAUCCACCCAUGACCAUCUUCAUCCACCCAUGACCAUCUUCAUCCACCCAUGACCAUCUUCAUCCACCCAUGACCAUCUUCAUCCACCCAUGACCAUCUUCAUCCACCCAUGAGCAUCUUCAUCCGCCCAUGACCAUCUUCAUCCACCCAUGACCAUCUUCAUCCACCCAUGACCAUCUUCAUCCGCCCAUGACCAUCUUCAUCCACCCAUGACCAUCUUCAUCCACCCAUGACCAUCUUCAUCCACCCAUGACCAUCUUCAUCCACCCAUGACCAUCUUCAUCCGCCCAUGACCAUCUUCAUCCGCCCACGCCCAUCCCUUUGUGACAUGUGUCGGUCCUAGCCCAGCGGACCCCCGCACCAUCAUUGCUGGCGGUGGAGAUGGCGCCGUGGCUGUGUUUGACUCGCGCAUUCACAAGGCUGUUGCCCGAGUGUCCUUGGGGCAAGGUUGCGAGGUGACAUCAGCAGCCUUCAGCCCGUGCGGUCGCUUCUUCCAUGCCGCCUGCUCUGCCAACUGCUGCUUCGUCUUUGACUCCCGCUGCCUCCCUCCUCCUCGUCCUGCCCUCCUUCCUCCGCCUCCUCACCAUCUUCCCCCCUCUGCGCUCUCUUCCGCCUCUCCCACGGCCUGCCCGUGCCCUCACUGCAGCACUCGGUGCAGCAUGCCGGGUCUGUGGACUGUGGGGACGAAGGGGUGAACGACGCCCGCUGGCUCUCAGCCUCGCCUGGCCUCGUGACAGGCAGUGGCAAUGGCAGCAUGGCUGUAUGGGAUGUGACUCUAGCUGACCCCCUCACUGCCGUCUCCUUUGCACAUACUCGAUCAAUAAAUACUGUGGCGGUGGCACCUGAUGAUGCCUGCAUUGCCACGGGUGGCGACGACCAGAAAGUGGUCCUAUAUCUGUCGCCGUUGACUGCCUCUCCAGCCUCAACUCCUUGGAAGCUUACACACCCCUUGCGCUUGUCGCCCUUGUUACAAUAGUCGUCAUACAGAAAACAGUCAUGUUAUCGUUUUCCCACGUAUACGGGACCCAAAUGCCAGUUUUUUUUACAGGUGCAUAUUUAAAGUCCCUAAUGUCAAACAUGUUUAUUGUCAUGUUUGUAUAGACUGUAUAGGGUCAUCUCUUAGAGA